AUGGCGACUUCAGAUGCGGGUGCUUCUCCCAGCACCGCUCUUCUGGAUGUCCCAUCUUCUUACAGUAGCCACACUGUGGCCUCGACGGCUUCUGCUUCUUCCUCUACCGUCGCUAACACAUCAACGGCGCCCAAAAGAGGUAAGCGAGGCAACCGAGGGGGUAAUGGACGCAGCGGUAAAACGACCAGCGCGCCAAGCGAGAACCAGAAGCCGUCGAGGCCACAGUGUGGCUACUGUAAGAAGAUGGGACAUCCAGAAGAGCGGUGCUGGGAGAAGCACCCGCAUCUGAAGUCUGGCACUAUGCCGGACGAUUGUAGGUGA